CAUACACUUCUACAUAUAUAUAUAUACACACACGACCCAUGUUGUGAAAUCACCAUACGCACAUCAUAUGGGAAGCAUGAAGGUGCAUCACUUGUCACGUGGACUGUCCUCAUGGGAUAAUAACCAGACUCACCAUGACCAUUCACAACCGUCCCUCAGCCUCAGCUGCAAGCGUCUCCGCCCUCUCGCCCCCAAGCUCUCGCCCUCUUCUCCUUCCUCCUCCUCCUCCGCCACUGCUUUCGACCUCAAAAGCUUCAUCCGGCCCGAAAACCGCCCGAGAAGUACCCUCACCGAUGAUAACAAGAGAGACCCACCUCAGGUGGAGACUCACCCGGGCGGGACCAGGUGGAACCCGACCCAAGAACAGAUCGGAAUUCUCGAGAUGUUGUACAAAGGAGGAAUGCGAACACCGAACGCUCAGCAGAUCGAACAGAUCACCGCUCAGCUCGGGAAGUACGGUAAGAUCGAGGGCAAGAACGUGUUCUACUGGUUCCAAAACCACAAAGCGAGGGAGAGGCAGAAGCAGAAGAGGAACAGCCUCAGCCUAAGCGGCCAAAGUCCCAAGCCUGUCGUCUCUAACAUGACAACCCCCACUACAUUGUCGCUAGACAAUAAUAUUAGAAGAGAACAAGUGGUGGAGAAGGGUUUAGAGGACAGUCCAUACAAGAGGACAUGUAGGAGCUGGAACGUGGAAACCGAGAGCAAGACAAGCCCUUGUAAUAAUAAUUAUAAUAAUUACAAUAAUAAUAAAAUCAUUAACAAUGUAAUAACCCUAGAGCUUUUCCCUUUGCACCCUGAAUUAGGAAGAUCAUGAAGGGCGGGAAUUCUUACGUAGAUCUGGUUAAUUUGUCAUGCAGACCCUAAUUACUUGCCAUUAGCGAAAUUUGGUCUGUGUAAUCUAAAGCCGAAUCUAUGUAAGAAUUUCCCCCCUUGGAUUUGAAAUAAAUUAUCUUAUUAUA